GAGGAUGAUCUUCUUCAAAAGUACUUCAGAGAUGGACACAAUUACAGUGUCAUUCUGGACUUCUUGGCAUUGAAGCACAACAUUAAAAUGAGCCUUCGUACCCUGAAAAAAAAAUUGAACAACCUGUCCUUGUACUAACGAAAAAACUACUCGCCUUUGGAAAUUGUUCGGACUGCUAUUAUUGAUGAGUUGAGUGGUUCUGGACAGCAUUAUGGCUACCGCACAAUGUGCCAGACCCUACGCCAAAAACACAAUCUUACAGUGAGGAGGCAAGAUGUAAUGCUUAUGAUGGCAGACCUUGAUCCAGUAGGCAUUGAACAACGCUCAAGAAGAAGAUUUGUGAGAAGGGUUUACCAUUCUUUAGGGCCAAAUCAUGUCUGGCACGUUGAUGGCUAUGACAAAUUAAAACCAUAUGGUUUGGCUAUAAGUGGCUGCAUCGAUGGUUACUCACGCAAAGUGAUGUGGUUAGUUUGUGGAGCGAGCAAUAACGACCCAGACAUUAUAGCUCAUCAUUACUUACAGUGUGCCAGUGAAUUUGGAGUCAUACCAAAGCUUCUUCGCACUGACUGUGGCACUGAAAAUGGAACAAUGGCUGCAAUCCACUGUUCCCUGAGAUCAACCCACACAGAUGACCUGGCAGGGGCUUCAAGCCAUAUGUAUGGCUCCUCAGUCACAAACCAAAGAAUUGAAAGCUGGUGGUCAUACUUCAGAAAACAAAAUGUACUGCAGAAGGACCUUGACGAAUGCAAAGAAAUAUGGAACACUCACACCAUUAGGGCAGUUAACCAGUCUCGCUGUCCUUCUGGUAAACCAGAUGCAAUGUAUGCUCUUCCACACAGGUUUAAUGGAAGAGAAUGUGGAUUUUGCAUCUCACAGGAAAACUUGAACGAGUUUUUUGUUGAACUUACUCGUAGCACAUGUGGAGAUGGACAGUUGCAGGCACACUUUGAAGAACUACAUGCUCAAAGCAAUCUGACUACAUCUUACACCUGGGAGGCUGGUGUGGAGAACUACAUAACUUUAAAGAACAUGGCCCACAUUUAAACAAAUAAAAGAAAGAAAAGGCAUUUCUCACCCAAAAAUGAAAGUUGUCAAUUUAUUUAAACCCAUAAGAGUU